UGUCAUUGGCUCGCCCUGUCUGUUGCUGCAUCGGAUAUGUAAAGUUUCCAUUUUUAUAAGCACAUCUCUUAAUAAAGCAAAAAAAAAAAAAAUGGAACUUAAUAUACUCUGUUUCAUCGAUGCAGCUAAAAUAAUCUAAAUAAAGUGUAAACUAAAUAAACACCGAAUACCAAUUAAAUGCAGAACACACAAAAUUUUCAAUCAUUUUGAAGACACUUCAGAUGGUACCCUUUCAGGUGUGUUUGUGUGCGAGUAUACGGACUUUCAACAUGAUGGUAUAAGAUUUCACAUCUGAAAGAGGAUAAUAAAAAAUAAAGCUAUACAAAAUAAUACACAAAAUUUUCAAUAAUUUUGAAGGCACUUUAGAUGGUACCCUUUCAUGUGUAAAGAUAUACAAAAUUAAUAAAAUUAAGAAUUUAAUCAAUUUGUAUUCAUAACUGCUAUUAAAGAUUUGCAUAAUUGUAUACAAAAUUGAUGAGAAAAGUAACCAACACUCAUUUAAAUGCUUAAUAUAUGAAAAAUUUAAUACAAAUAAAUAAAUAUAGCGCAUCUGGUUGUCGACUAUAGCCCCCGUGUAUUUGUUUAAGUGUGCGCUAUGUUGCGUACACUGCUGCUGCCAUCUACGGUAGCUUUAAAUUGAUAUCAGUAUCGCAAGAUUCUAUAAAAAAAAAACUACAGCAGAAAUAUAAGCCUACAGUCUUAAUUGAAUAAUUAAACCCAUUAAAUAUUCACUACAUAUAAUAUAUAAAGCAUUGCUUCUACUACUCAAGUAACAUACUUAGAUAAGGGAAUUUUUAAAAUUAAUUAAUGUAAAAAAGUACUGCUGCAGCGUAUAUACAUAUAUACAAACAUAUACGUACACACAAGCAAAGUGAACUUCCAUAUGCAUACAUAUUUAAAUGUACGCUUGCCAAGAUAAAAUCGCAUGAAAAUCGAUUGAUAUAUGUAAAUAGUACAUACAAACAUACUCUCGUUUAUUUUGGUCUUUGACUGUGAUGAAGACGAGAUACGUAAAGCGUUUAUUAUGUUAACGAUGCAAUAUCGUUGAAAAAUACCGACUGUAGGCGAGCAGUGAUUUCAACAAAAAAAAAUUCAAUUUAAAUUUAAAAUUUGCUGAUAGCAUUUCCACUAGAAUUACAAGCGAUACAACAUAAAAACUGAGCAUUUUCGUUGAACCGGUUGCUGUUUGGGGGAAAGUAAAAGAUAACACCAAAAAGCAACAAUCAUUCCCUAACGUUUAGGAAAAGCAAUUGAAAGAGUUUACAGUGGCGGCUAAUAAGCGCCUGGUUAAACUCUGAUGGCCCUACAACACUACCUCAAACACACUGACAAUUAUUGCGGAACUGCGCCAACAGAUACAACAGCGGCUGCGGCAACACCUGCAACAAGCAAAGCGGUGAUUACACAAACACAUUUGCAAUUGCAACAACACGCAGCAACGCCAGUGACGACGCACUCCUAUCAACAGCAGCAGCAGCAGCAACUUGUACACUUUCAGCAACAACAACAACAACAACAACAACAAGCGCAUUUACAAAACAUUACAACAGAAGCGACCGCAGAGACAGCAGCGCAAGGCCUCACCGCACUUGCAGCAUCGACAGCUUGCAGACAGACGAUACAACAGCAAACGCAACAACAGCAGCAAUUGAUUGUACAAUCACAACACCGUCUCAAGCAGCUCCAACUCAAGCAACCCACAAUACAUCAGCAGCAUAUGACCUAUCAUCAUCAUCAUCCCUACUAUCAACAGAGCAAUAGCCACAACCACAACCACAACCACAGCCACAGCCAUCAUAACAACAAUUCAUCAACCGUUGCCAAUACAUUAGCCAACACGGGUGCGGCAAAUCAUAAAUUCAAAAGUGCGCAGCACAACCAACAGAAUUACAAUCCGAAUCGCACGUUACCCAUACACGCUUUAAAUCAGAACUCGAAUUUCUCAGCGGCCAGUUCGAGUACUGGCGGUGGUACAGCAUCCAGUCAUGCCCCAACACAGCAAUCAAAUGCAACCAACUCUAGUCGCUCCUCCGCUGCAAAUGCACGCUCCAAUGGCUCGGCGGAUAAUGCCAAAGCGGGCGGAGUGGGCUCACAGAUGCGUAGCGGUACAACAGCGGCCAAUAGUGCUGCCGUGAAUGCGAAAAAAUUGAAAAUAGAACCAGUGUUGUCGCAAUAUCUACAAACGGAACGUUUAAACUUCGCCAAUGCGCAUAUUGCGUGGGGUGAGGAGCAUUGGCGACGUGUGGUCUUCCAGGAUGAACGUAAAUUCAAUUUAGAUGGACCAGAUGGCUUUUCCAGCUACUUUCACGAUUUACGUAAUUACGAACAAAUGCUCUCACAACGACCGCGCGGCAAUUCCGUUUACAUAUACAUGUUAAUCACAGCCGGCGGACCGAUACAUAUGGAGGUGUCGACGGCAAAACAACGACCACAAACCUACAUUGAAACGAUAUUACGCGAACGACCGAAUAUCAUUGCCAAAUUGGGUGGCAAUCCAGAUUUCAUAUUACAAGAUCACAAUUGGACGGCCAAUAUGACGGCAACCACACAGGAAACGCUCGAUGCUGAGGGCUUCAAAAUGCAACAUUGGCCCAGCAUUGCGCAUGACCUCAAUAUAAUGGAGAAUAUUUGGGGUUGGCUGAUACGCGAAGUGUACGAUGGCGGACGUAAAUUUUCGCGUAAGGACGAUCUCAUAUUUCGUGUACGCGCGGCAUGGACGCGUUUACCUAUGGAUUUUGUGGUCAAUCUCUAUAGUACACUGCCUGAACGCAUUGCAGAAUUAUACUAUACGCGCGGCAUUUAUACAAACUGUUGACGAUGGCAGGGUUAGGAUUAUAUACAAAAUAUAAUAGUGUAUGUGUGUGUGUGUAGUUAAGUUUCGAUUAGAUGAUCCGCGUGAUGCGCGUGAGGAGACGCAAAGCGACAUAAAUGUUCAGCAUAGCAGCAGCACAAUGGAAGGGUUGAUUAAAGUAGGCAGCACAGCGGCGCGCGUAGUGAGUACAAUGACAGACCGUCCGACAGGCGGACUGGCAGACUGGCAGACAGACACAAACUAGACGGGGGUUGAAAAAGUCGUAAUGUUUAGAAAAUGUAAUGUAAAUAAAAAAAAAAAAGAAAGAAUGAAAGAAAAGAAAGCAAAGGUGGUGAAAUGCGGUAAUUGGUGGGGGGGAAGGCAUGAGGAAAGGUGUACCCAUAAAACAGCCAAAUCGUUGAUAGGCAAGCAAUAGAGAGAGAGACUGUGAGGAUGAGCAAAUUAAUUAAAGGGCUGUAUACUAUAUGUAUUUAUGUGUAUGUGUGUAUAACUGAAACCUCGCGGUACUAAACAAGGGGAAGCAUGUUUAUGGCAUUUUUUUCGUUUUUUUUUUUUUGCUCUUAAAAACUCUGUGUGCUCAAAAGUCUGCAGAGUUUUAAUUCCUUUUAUUUACUUUUUUUUCAAUUUUUUUAUUUUACGAAAUCUAUAGGUAUAGACAAAGACUGAAAAGAUGUACAUACAUAUAAGGAGCACAAUGUGGUUUUAUGUUUUCAAUUGCAUACCUGAAACAUGCAUUAUAUAAGAAAUGUACAGUAAAUGCGGCUGUAUUUCAUUUUUCAAAAUCAAUUAGUUUUGAAAACCUUUUCAAAAAUAUGUACAUUUUUAGUUGCCUUCAUUUUUGUUAUUGAAAACAGAAAAAAAAACACAGAAAAAUCGCAUAUUUACAUACAUACAUACAUAUGUCGAUUAGCUUGUGUGCACAAUGCACUUGCUAAUACAACAACUGCCUGUUAUUACAAAAACAACUAGUUAAAUAUGUUUUGGUUAUUUUUUUUUUUGCAAAACUGCUCUUUUUUUUUUUUUUUUGUUAAACGAACUAAGACUGACUGUUUCGCAAUCAAAUACACACAUACAGAGUAGAUUUGUACAUACUAUAUACGUGUAUACAAGCGUUUAUACCUAACUAAAGUCACCUUAAACGACAUAUGGCUGUUUGUUUGUUUGGUUGUUUGGUUGGUUGGUUAGUCGCCUCUUUUGGUUUGUCAAAUAUGCAGCUGAGCUGAAAACGAAAGCAGUGCCGCACUUAGCACCUGCUUGUUUUGUCUUGUUUUGUGCGCUCGGAAUACAGAUUUUCCCCCAGUUUACCUGCUCAUCCGUUUGCGCGUUUGCUCUUCUUCCACCCGGUGCAGAUUGCACGCUGCUAAAACUUACACACCCUCCCGCAAUGGGAUACCUGCAUACAUACGUACAUACAUACCUGCUCGCAUGCAUUCAUGCAUUCAUACGCAUAUACAUACAUACAUACAUACAUAAAUGCAUAUGUUCUGUGAUAGUUGUUAGUGUGCUUUUGCAUUUUAGUUCAAUGUUUUUUUUAUACUUGAUUUAACUGUAGUUUUUUUUUUUUUUUUUUUUUUUUUUUUUUUUUUUUUUUUUUUUUUUUUUACUUGUUGGGUAUUUUUUUGUGCAUAAAAUCUCGCGUUGAACUGCAUUCAAAUACAAUACUGCUCUUUAUAUACUUAGUUGUAGUUACAUAUGUACAUACAUAUACUUAUACAUAUACACGUGUAUGUAAGUUAUGUUUACCGAUGCUAUCUAUGCAUAAAUGUAUGUAUAUAUACACAUAUACAAAAGUAUGCAGUAGAGUUAUGUAUAGUGUAUAUAUGUAUGUAUGUAUGUAUGUAUGCUUGCUCACAGCAACAAUAGUGGGAUCCUUCUCAUUGUGCUGCUGCAUAGGAGUUCUUUUGUAAAAAGUACUGAGGUAACUGAAGUAUUAACGGAAAUCUAAAUGAAGGAAACAGAAACAGAAACAAAAACAAAAGGAAAACACAAAUAAUACAUAUUAAUGAAAUGAAAUGAAAAAAUUUAAAAAAAAAAUAAGGAAUAUGUAACAACAAUAAUUAUUAUUAUUAUAUGUAAUAUGUAUGGCAAUUUGCGUUAACUGUACAUACACGUAUGUAACGAAUUAGCUUUUAGUAAUUGUAUUUUUUAAUGAAAUUUAAUUUGAAGUAAAAAAUACUGUCUUACGUUCAAUAGAUAUGUUAAAGAGGAUAAAUUAGAAGAAGAAGAAGAAAAAGGAGAAAAAAUACAAAAUAAGAAAAAAAACAAAAAUAAAUUAUAAUUAAUUUAAAUUAAAAACUAAAACCUAGUUACAUGGAGGCCUACACAGACAUAUGUACUUACAGAUAGCUGUAUGUACAAAUGUUCGUGUGUAUGUAUGUAGCGACUCUAUACUUAUAAGUUCCAUUUACUCUCAAGCGAUCGUACAGCGUUCAGCAACUAAUUAAUUUAAAAAAAAAAAAAUACAUACAUACAAACAAUAAGUCCAUAACUGCAGCACUACAUGCGUACUAUAUAGACACAUACAUACAUAUAUGUAUGUGGCAAAUUCAUACACACCACACUUGUUAACGCCUUGGCGGACAACACCACUCACCACUUACUACUCACUAUCCAGUACAUACUACUACUACUACAGCAACAACAACAACUACUAUAAAGUUGAUUUGACGACCUGAAAAAUGUAAACAAUUAGGAAUCCUAAAAUUCAAAAACAAACAAAAAAACUAGAACAAAAAUAUUAGUUCCAAAAAUGUAAAUUCAAUUUAUUUAUGCCUGGACUCGCUUGGCGGUGGCUAAAGUUGUUGGUGGGAAAGGAACAAAAAAAAAAAAAA